GCAACAUUGUGAAGUGGGUCAGCAACUUUCAGUGCCACAUGUGCAUCAUGUGCAUUCCUAUAAAAAGUGCAAUGAUGAUGCAACUGCAUUCGAGUUGAACGCCAGUUGAAAUGCAAUCCGGAACUGCACUCGUCUUUAUUUUAGCAGCUCUGAUCGCUGCCAUAAUCCUGCCAUCUCAAACUUUAGCCAUUCCCCAGGAAGAUGACACCGUUGACAGACCAAACACCGAUUAUCCCGCUCUAUUUAGAUCAUUUUUGGAAAUGGGAAAUGCCCUCUUCGGAACUUGGACGCCCGAAGGAGCUGUGGAGGAGUUCAUAAGGAGACGAGAAGGUCAAGGUUUUGGCUAUUAGGAAAUACCCGAAAACCACCUACAUAAAACUUUCCACAGAUGCGUUGCAUAAGUUUUGCAUGCAUCAAUAAUGAUGAUUUUAACAAGACGACAAACAGCUAAAGAAAGGAGGUUUAGCAGUUUAAAUUAUGCACGCUUCAGUUUUUGGCCAUAUCACCCAUCAUUACCAAUCCGUCUGGUAUAAUGGCUAUUAGAUAUUCGGUUUUUUGCUUAAGCCAAUGCCCUGACAAAGGGGUUAUUUAAACUUAUCAUAUUUGUACUAUAAAAUAAAAAAUC